UUGCUUUGCUUGCAGAGAUUAAUUAAUUUAUUCUUUCCUUCCGUCAAUUUAUAUGUGAUUAUGUAAUGUUCCUCUUCUCGUUGACGCCAACGACCUUAAUCGUUGGUUUAAACCGUCGGAUCCGAAUCAAAGAGCCAGCUUUGAACUGAAUUAUACUUUUGCCCUUGGAUUGGCAUCCAAGUUUCACAAAUUCUUGUCUUCUUCUUCAUCUGCGUCUUCGUCUUCGUCUCUGCAGCUCGGCCUUCUCAACUCCUUUACUAACGUGAGCCACUGGUGAACAUCUUCAUUCUCUUCUAACCAAUGCUGACCUCAAUUCUAUCUACUUCUUCUACUCUCUUCUCUCAUCCUUCUCCUGCUACUACCUUCUAUGCUUCUUCUUCAUCCUCUUCAACCAUUGGAGUCCUAUCUCUUUCUUUCUUCCCCAGAAACUUAUAUCCCAAAAUACCUCUGCAUGAACAACGAACCAGUUUAAGCGUCCGAUCAUCUGUUGCCAUUGAGAAAGAGACGCCACAGAACGAACGUCCAGAUACAUUUCUUCGUGAUACCGAUGGUCCAUCCUCCAUUAGGGCUGGCUUCGAGAAAAUGAUCAGAGAUGCUCAAGAGGCGGCCGAAGGAGGUGGAAAGUUUGAGGAGGAUGUGUGGUCCAGGCCCAGCGGUGGUGGCGGUAUCAGCAAAGUCUUGCAGGACGGUGGGGUGUGGGAGAAAGCUGGUGUUAAUGUGUCUGUUGUGUAUGGAAUGAUGCCACCGGAAACUUAUAGAGCUGACAAGGGUGAGAAUUCCACGGAAAAGCCUGGCCCGGUACCGUUCUUUGCGGCUGGAAUCAGCUCGGUUUUGCACCCCAAGAACCCUUUUGCACCAUCUUUACACUUCAACUAUUGGUACUUUGAAACAGAUGCUCCAAAAGAUGCUCCUGGAGCACCAAGACAGUGGUGGUUUGGUGGAGGCACGGAUUUGACUCCUGCUUAUAUCUUUGAGGAGGAUGUCAAACACUUUCAUAGGAAUGUGCAAAUUCUGUAGCUGCUGCAUACAUACCAAUUAUUGAGCGACGGAAGGAUAUGCCAUUUACAGAUGGGCACAAGGCAUGGCAGCAAUUAUGAAGGGGACACUAUGGGGAAUUCAACUUGGUUUAUGAUCGUGGUACCACAUUUGGACUAAAGACAGGUGGCCGUAUUGAGAGUAUUCUUGUUUCUCUCCCACUCACAGCAUGAUGGGAAUAUGACCAUAAACCAGAAGAGGGCAGUGAAGAAUGGAAACUAUUAGAUGCCUGCAUCAACCCGAAGGAAUGGAUCUAACCUCCAAAGGAUACCAUUGUUUCAUUUUGCCUGAGUGGUACCCAUCACAUGAAUUUUUCUGGAUAUAGUUAGCUGAUUAGAAAGGAGGAAUUGUAAUUCACUGAUAGAGUAGUGAAAAUUGUCAUGCAUAAAUUGUGGAGAUGGGGCGAAAAGUUCGUGUUUUGAUAAAUUUUGGUCAGUAUAAACUAAUUAGAUUUUUUUUUUUU